UUUUUUCAGAUUCGGUUUUUGUUUUGUUUUGGGUUUUCUAUUUUUCCCCCAUGCUGCAAUUAUUGGAUAUGGAGUCGCUAUUUUGUGUGUGGAUAUAAUUGCAUUUGUUUGCCAGAAAUUAUUGGGUGUAUAUAAAUCGUUAGCGGAUGCAUUUUUGGUAAUAUUUGUGUUUCUGCCGAUUUCGUUUGUGUGCUGUUCUGAUUUUUUUCUUUUUAUGUUUGAAAGUUGGUUUCGAGUUUGUAGCAUUGAGCAUCUGUGGCUAAGUUGAAGCUUCUGUAGAUCAAGAGAGGAUUACAAGUUCCUUAUUCAGCAAAGAUGGAUUCGAACACGAAGAAAUACAAAGUAUUGCAAUCAAAUUCAGCCGAUUCCAAUGGAUUGGCUCUGCCUCAGACGGCUUUCCCGGAUGAAGUAUUGGAGAAAGUCCUCUCACUGAUAGACUCACACAAGGACAAGAGCUCGGUCUCUCUCGUGUGCAAAGAUUGGUACAACGCUGAGAGAUGGACAAGAUCUAGUAUCUUUAUAGGAAAUUGCUAUUCAGUGUCUCCUGAAAUUGUGGCUCGUAGAUUUUCAAAAAUUAAGAGUGUCAGAAUGAAAGGAAGGCCAAGGUUUUCUGAUUUCAAUAUGAUUCCUCGUGAUUGGGGUGCUAAUAUACACCCGUGGUUAGUCAUGUUUGCCAAGGUUUACCCUUCUCUGGAGGAGCUGAGGCUCAAGAGGAUGACUGUCAAUGAUGAGAGCUUGGAGCUCUUAGCCGAAUCAUUUCCAAGUUUCAAAGCUUUGUCUUUGUCUAGCUGUGAUGGUUUCACCGAAGAAGGGCUUAAAGCCAUUACAAAGCGCUGCAGGAACUUGACUGAGCUCGAAAUACAAGACAGCGUUACAAUGGAUGUGGGCGGGGGUUGGUUGAAUUGCUUCCCGGACAACUUUACCUCACUAGAAGUACUAAAUUUCAGCAGCCUUAGCUGCGAGGUGAGCUUCGAUGCCCUCGAGAGGCUCGUGAGUCGGUGCAGAUCAAUGAGGGUUCUCAAGGUCAACGAAAGCAUUACUACGGACCAAAUGCAGCGCCUUCUCGUGCACGCUCCUAAUUUAACCGAGCUCGGAACCGGCUCCUUCCUGCAAGAACUCACUCCCCGUCAAUACCUGGACGCUGAAAAAGCAUUCAGUAAUUGUAAGAGACUCCGAGUUCUUUCCGGAUUAUGGGACGCCGCUUCCCCGGAUCUCCCUGUUAUUUACGGGGCUUGUGCUGGCCUGACAUUCUUGAACUUGAGCGAUGCAGUUCUUCAAAGCGGCGAGCUCGCAAAGCUCCUCGCUCAGUGCCCGAAUUUACGACGCCUUUGGGUAAUUGAUUCCGUCGAAGACAAGGGGCUCGAGGUUAUCGGAUCGAGCUGUCCCUUGCUCGAAGAGCUCCGAGUCUUCCCGAUCGACCCUUACGAUCAGCAUCACCACCACGGCGUGACCGAGCUGGGAUUUCUUGCCGUAUCUCGCGGGUGCCCGAAACUCCGAUAUGUCCUCUACUUCUGCCGGAGGAUGACCAAUGCUGCGGUCGCAACGAUCGUCCAGAACUGCCCGGAUAUCACCCACUUCCGUCUCUGCAUUAUGAUCCCGCACGAGCCCGAUUAUCUUACGAAGGAGCCCAUGGACGAGGGCUUUGGCGCUGUGGUCAAAACUUGCACGAAACUUCAGAGGCUUUCGGUUUCGGGGCUUCUGACGGAUAAGACGUUCGAGUAUAUUGGUAAGUACGGGAAGCGUGUAGAAACUCUGUCGGUGGCGUUCGCGGGGACGAGCGAUCGGGGGAUGCAGUAUGUUCUCAGGGGUUGUCCGAAGCUGAGGAAGCUGGAGAUUCGGGAUUGCCCGUUCGGGAACACGGCGCUGCUUUCGGGGAUUGAUAAGUAUGAGAACAUGCGGUCGCUGUGGAUGUCGACGUGCCAUGUGACGAUGAAGGGUUGCGCGCUUCUUGCGACGAAGAACCCGAGAUUGAACGUGGAAGUGAUCAGAGACGAGGGUGACGAAGACGAGGUACAGGCGGAUCGGGUUUACGUCUACCGGUCGGUGGCUGGGCCGAGACGCGACGCUCCUCCUUUUGUUCUAACGUUUUGAUCCGUUUUUCGGUAUUUUAUCGAGUGUUAUGACUGACUUGACUGACUGACAAAAAUGGUGGUUGGAGGGUGGCUCUGUAGUUUGGACUGUUUGGAGAUUCUUUUUCUUGGUUAGUGAUGUUGUAAUAAGAGGUGGUUUAAUAAGGAAGGGAGAGGAAUUCGAGUUUUUUUUAUGAUUUAUGGUAUAUUUUACUAAUUUUUAGUAUUUAUUUUUGGAGUAUUGUUGGAAUUUGGAUGUAACGGGAAUAAAUUAGUGUAGUGUGACAGACGAUUCAUUUGAUCAUCCGUUUUUAAAUAUUGCUUUCAUUAUUUUA